AUGGCCUACCAAGGCAUGGGAGGAGGCAACGGCCUCAGAUCUCCUCGCGAAGAGUCGUCGUUCCUUUCCCUGAAUCGCGCCGCUCAGAACCAGAACGGCGACGGCCGCGCGACCCUGCAGCGCCGCUUCACGACCAACAACAUUCCCACCAUGAGUACACCACUGUCGCCAAUCGGGCAGCAACGCAGACAGGCGGCAGAGCCGACCGAAUUUACUACAGCGACGUACCACAAGCUGCAAGUUCUUGAGAGGAAACGGAUCGAACACGAAUAUCUCAAAGAGGCGAAACGGCGCUUCGACGCUGAGAUGGAGCUCCUCAACCUGCAAGCCCAGCACGGCGAAACUGACAUCAACCGAUUCUCAAACGAUCACUACGGCGGACCUGCUCAUAGCCAGCCCACCACACCGCCUGAGUACAGCGAGGUCAACGGCUUCCCGUCUGCACUAUCGCGUCCGAACCGUUUCAGCAUGUCCAGUAUCAAUCCGGCCAUCACUACACGCAGCAGCCGCGCCAACUCUCAAGUCACUUCCCCUCCUGCCAACUUCCAGGGCAAUGGCAAUCUGCCUUCGCACUCGAUGCCAGGAUCUCGUCGUAACUCUGAGGAAGAGCACGAUGACUUUGAGAACGACGACUUCACCCCUCUAAGUCCAGCUGCCCGCAAGAACAACCGCAUGUCGAUGCCCGUUACUAGAAUGGACUAUGGCAACCGCGGCGGUCUCCCAGAUGUGACCUCUCUUCUAGGUCACAUCGACACCGCGGGUUUCUUGUUUGGUGAUGACGCUGCUGCCUCUCAAGACCACAAGGCGUUCCUUCAGAUGGGCAACACAAAGGACGACUUUCCCGUCCUGGUCCGCCGCGAUGGUGCUGGUAAUGCUUCCCAGAUGGACGAAUAUGAGUCCGGCCGUCCCAACGGCAAUGCCGAGAACACGCCUAAGAACAACCGUCGCUCGGUCGAGUUCAACUUCAGCCCCAAGAACAACGAGUCUAAGCGCUCUAGUUACACUGGUCCAACCAACGGUAUGCCGAAGUUGACCCAGUCCUACUCUACCAACGAUGUUCCGACCCUCAAGAACGGAGUCAACGGUGCCAACAGUAUCGGUUUCACGCACUCACAGCAAUUUCACAACCACAACGCUAGUCUGGGUCGUAUUCCGUCAAACGUCCUAUCCAACCGUAGCAGCCGAGAUCUCUCACUUGGCAACCGCGAGCCUGAGUAUCGUUCUCCGCAGUCAGGCCUGCACGCGAGUGCUGCUCCCUUCGGUCCAGCAAUCACUUCAGGUGCUACCAACGGCAACAGUGGGCUUCCGUCGACUGUCGGUUCACCAACCAUGUCGCAGUACUCUAGUGUUCAAGCCGCCAACCCAGGAUACUAUGGAUAUGGUAUGAACAUGCUCAACAGUGCUAUGAACGGUCUCAAUCUUGGAGCUGGAGCUGGCCCCGGACCUCAGUACGGUGGACCUCCUGCUUAUGGCCCUAACGGCAUGUACGGUGGUGGACAGCCACAGUACAACCCAUACGCCACUUACGGACCAGGUGGUCGUGUGCAGGACAGCCAGGCUCGCGUCAUCCAGAGCCGUCGUCUGCAGAACGAUGCAAACAAGUACAUGAACUACGAUCUGAAGACUAUGCCCCGUCACGAGAUCUACAGUCUGUGCAAGGACCAGCACGGUUGUCGGUUCUUGCAGAAGAAGCUUGAGGAGCGCAAUGCGGAGAACAUUCAGAUCAUCUUUGACGAGACUGCCCCUCACGUUGUUGAACUCAUGACUGACCCGUUCGGCAACUACCUUUGCCAGAAGUUGCUGGAGUACUGCAACGAUGAGCAGCGCAACACUCUUGUUCGCAACGCUUCUCCCGCUAUGGUUCAAAUUGCAUUCAACCAGCACGGCACUCGCGCCUUGCAGAAGAUGAUCGAGUUCAUCUCCACCGACGAGCAGACCCAGAUGAUCAUCCGAGCAUUGUCAGGACAAGUUGUUGAUCUCAUCCAGGAUCUGAACGGCAACCACGUCAUCCAGAAGUGUUUGAACCACCUCAAGUCUGUGGAGGCUCAGUUCAUCUUUGAUGCUGUAGGCGAGAACUGCAUCACCGUUGGCACCCAUCGCCAUGGUUGCUGUGUUCUUCAGCGCUGCAUUGACCAUGCUGUUGGCUUCCAGAAGGUCGACCUCAUUCGCAAGAUUACGGCCCAUAGUUUCCAUCUUGUACAGGAUCCUUUCGGCAACUACGUGGUUCAGUACAUCCUGGAUCUCAACGAUGCUGCCUUCACAACACCCAUGUGUCAAGGCUUCCAGGGCAAGAUUUGCGAAUUGUCCAAGCAGAAGUUCAGUUCCAACGUUAUCGAGAAGUGCAUCCGCUGCGCUGAGCCACACGUCAAGGGCAUGAUGAUCGAGGAGUUGCUUGAUGUCGAGCAGCUUGAGCAGCUCAUGCGCGACUCAUACGGCAAUUAUGUUAUUCAGACUGCACUCGAGUUUGCCCCUGCUGAGCUUUGCGUGCACCUCAUUGAGGCUAUGCGUCCAAUUCUGCCUUCGAUCCGCCAGACUCCUUAUGGUCGUCGCAUCAUGAGCAAGGUUGGAGAGCGCGAGACUCGCCUGACUGCGUACACGGGCGGGCGUACUUCUUCUGGUCAAGCCUCUCCUGGUGCUGCUCAGGGCUCUGAGCAAGGUGCAGUAUUCAGUCAGGCCCUGCCACAGUAUCAGCAAAACAGCGUCGCAGCUAGCUACCAAGGCGCCAGCGGUUCCUCUAGCUUCCAGACACCAAUGUACACGGCCAACGCAAACUACGGCCCAAGCAUCAUUUCACCCCAGCCUCAUCGUCAGCCUCACCGCCUGAGCAACCCCCACCACAUGCACAACCCUAUGCAGGACAACCGCCAGAAUUACCAGGGUUACCAGAACCAGCAUCAGUACGGUGUCGCUCAGACCAACGGCGGUAACGGCAGUUGGUUCUAG